CGUUGAGGAAAGAAGUUUUCUGUUCUGUCGUGUUUGUUCGCAUUUUUAGUACAAAUCUAAAAUGUCUAGCCGUGGUAAAGCUGGAAAAACAAAGGCAAAGGGAAAGUCGUCCCGUUCGUUCAAAGCAGGACUUCAAUUUCCCGUCAGUCGUAUUCAUAGACUCCUGAGGAAGGGUAAUUACGCCGAACGUGUUGGCUCCGGUGCACCUGUCUAUCUGGCUGCAGUUAUGGAAUACCUGGCUGCCGAAGUUCUGGAACUGACUGGGAAUGCGGCACGAGACAAUAAGAAAUCUAGAAUUAUACCUAGACACAUACAACUCGCCAUCCGUAACGACGAAGAAUUGAACAAGCUGCUCCUUGGUGUCACUAUCAGUCAAGGAGGUGUCUUGCCAAACAUUCAAGCAGCGCUUUUACCAAGGAAAACAGAAAAGAAGGCAUAAGUCACACGAUACCCCUAAUUAAAUGGCCCUUUUAAGGGCCACAAA